GCUGAUCGUGGGGGUGCCCUGCGUCGGGCAUCUCCAAGGGGAGCCCUGCUGGAGCCCAACCCGGGGGAGAAACUUCGGGGAAGGGGCACCUUCAGUGGUUCUGUUGGUUUGUUUUUAUGUUGCGAUUCGGUUUAUGGCAAUUUGGCUUUAGACAGUCUGAAGUUAGGAACUCAAAGCCAGGAUUUAUCACACCUGGUGAAAGACCAGGGAUCCUAGUGAUCAUUUCCGAUUUCCCCUUAUUCCACCAUCUCCACCCCCUGCUUUUUGUUUAUUUAUUUGUUUUUUUAAACAGCGCCCCCCUCAAAACCCAGUUACUACUUUCAUCACUGUAGAUUUUUAAGGAGGGAGGAACUGAGGGGUGAUUGAAGAUGUGCUGAUCAUGGUUUCCUAUUCGCAGGAAGGAGAUUGAAAUCAAUACAAAGGUUUCUGGACGAGGAUGAUACAGCAUGGCAUAGUGGUUAGAAUGCAGAAUCUGGAGUCAGGCAGCCAGGGGUCAAAUCCCAGCUCCACCCCUUACUAGCAUAACCUUGUAGCUGCCAAAUGCUGUUAAAUCAACUGAGAGAAAUCACAGGCAUUCAGGACCCUUCCUUUCUUCAUGAAGCUCUGAAGGCCAGUAAUGGUGACAUCACUCAGGCAGUCAGCCUUCUCACUGAUGAAAGAGUGACGGAGCCCAGUCAAGACACUGUUGCCACAGAACCAUCUGAAGUAGAAGGAAGUGCUACCAGCAAAGAAGUGUUAGCAAAAGUUAUAGACCUUACUCAUGAUAACAAAGAUGAUCUUCAGGCUGCCAUUGCUUUGAGUCUACUGGAGUCCCCCAAAAUUCAAGCUGAUGGAAGAGAUGUUAACAGGAUGCAUGAGGCAACUUCUGCUGAAACUAAACGCUCAAAGAGAAAACGCUGUGAAGUCUGGGGAGAGAACCCCAAUCCCAAUGACUGGAGGCGAGUUGAUGGUUGGCCAGUUGGGCUGAAAAACGUUGGCAAUACAUGUUGGUUUAGUGCUGUUAUUCAGUCUCUCUUUCAGUUGCCUGAGUUUCGAAGACUUGUUCUCAGUUAUAGUCUGCCACAGAAGGUACUUGAAAAUUGUCCAAGUCAUACGGAAAAGAGAAAUAUUGUGUUUAUGCAAGAGCUUCAGUAUUUGUUUGCUCUGAUGAUGGGAUCAAACCGUAAAUUUGUGGACCCUUCAGCAGCCCUCGAUCUCUUAAAGGGAGCAUUCCGAUCACCUGAGGAACAGCAGCAAGAUGUGAGUGAAUUCACACACAAGCUCCUGGAUUGGCUAGAGGACGCGUUCCAGCUAGCUGUUAAUGUUAACAGCAACCCCAGGAACAAAUCUGAAAAUCCAAUGGUGCAGCUAUUCUAUGGUACUUUCCUCACUGAAGGGGUUCGUGAAGGAAAGCCCUUUUGUAACAAUGAGACCUUUGGCCAGUAUCCCCUUCAGGUAAACGGUUAUCGCAACUUAGAUGAAUGUUUGGAAGGGGCCAUGGUGGAGGGUGACAUUGAACUGCUCCCUUCCGAUCAUGCAGUGAAGUAUGGACAAGAGCGAUGGUUUACAAAACUACCUCCAGUAUUGACCUUUGAACUCUCAAGAUUUGAGUUCAAUCAAUCCCUUGGGCAGCCAGAAAAAAUUCAUAAUAAGCUGGAGUUUCCUCAGAUUAUUUAUAUGGACAGGUACAUGUACAGGAGCAAAGAACUUAUUCGAAGUAAGAGAGAGUGUGUUCGAAAGUUAAAGGAGGAAAUAAAAGUUCUGCAGCAAAAACUGGAAAGGUAUGUGAAGUAUGGCUCAGGCCCAGCGCGCUUCCCACUCCCAGACAUGUUGAAAUACGUUAUUGAAUUUGCUAGUACAAAACCUGCCUCAGAAAGUUCGUCUCAAAGUGACGCACAUGGGACAUUACCACUUUCCACAGUGCACUGCCCAGGUUCUGACCCGACAUCCAAGGAAAGUGCAAGUAAAGAAAACUCUUCUCAGGAUGUUGAAAGUAACUUUCCUUCUUCUGAAGAUGCUCUCCACAAGUCUAAGACAAUGAAUAAGCCUCUUCCAUCCUCCCAGUCUUCCUCAGAAAUGCCUACACAGCCAGCUCCUCGGACCGUUACAGAUGAGGAGAUGAACUUUGUGAAGACCUGUCUCCAGAGGUGGAGGAGUGAGAUUGAACAAGAUAUACAAGAUCUAAAGAAUUGCAUUGCAAGCACUACCCAGACCAUUGAGCAGAUGUACUGCGAUCCUCUCCUUCGUCAGGUACCAUAUCGCUUGCAUGCAGUUCUUGUUCAUGAAGGACAAGCCAAUGCUGGGCACUACUGGGCCUACAUCUAUAAUCAACCCCGACAAGUCUGGCUCAAGUACAAUGACAUCUCUGUCACUGAAUCUUCCUGGGAAGAACUUGAAAGAGAUUCCUAUGGAGGCCUGAGAAAUGUCAGUGCUUACUGUCUGAUGUACAUUAAUGAAAAGCUCUCCCACUACAAUGCAGAGGCAGCCCCAAAAGAAUCAGAUCAGAUGUCAGGAGAAGUGGAAGCUCUAUCUGUUGAACUUAAACAUUACAUUCAGGAAGAUAACUGGAGAUUUGAGCAAGAAGUGGAAGAGUGGGAGGAAGAGCAGUCUUGCAAAAUUCCUCAAAUGGAAUCCUCAACCAGCUCAACAUCACAGGAUUUCUCUCCCUCACCAGAGCCUUCAGUCACCUCUUCUCAUGGGGUUCGCUGCCUGUCGUCUGAGCAUGCAGUGAUUGUAAAGGAGCAGACUGCCCAGGCGAUCGCUAACACAGCACACGCUUACGAGAAGAGUGGUGUGGAGGCAGCCCUGAGUGAGCUUAAGGAAGCUGAACCCAAGAAGCCCAUGUCCCCGGAAACAAACCUUGCAGAGCAGUCAGAGCAGCUCCCCAAGGCUAAUGAUGCCGAAUCUGCUACCCAACCUAAUUCUGAGGUCUCUGAAGUCGAGAUUCCCAGUGUGGGAAGGAUUCUGGUUAGAUCUGAUGCAGAUGGAUAUGAUGAGGAGGUGAUGCUGAGCCCUGCCAUGCAAGGGGUCAUCCUGGCCAUAGCUAAAGCCCGUCAGACCUUUGACCGGGAUGGGUCUGAAGCAGGGCUUAUUAAGGCAUUCCAUGAAGAAUAUUCCAGGCUCUACCAGCUUGCCAAAGAGACCCCCACCUCACACAGCGAUCCUCGACUUCAGCAUGUGCUCGUCUACUUCUUCCAAAAUGAAGCACCCAAAAGGGUAGUAGAACGGACCCUUCUGGAACAGUUUGCUGAUAAAAAUCUUAGCUAUGAUGAAAGGUCAAUCAGUAUUAUGAAGGUGGCGCAAGCUAAACUGAAGGAGAUUGGCCCAGAUGACAUGAAUAUGGAAGAGUAUAAGAAGUGGCAUGAAGAUUAUAGUUUGUUUCGAAAGGUGUCUGUGUAUCUCCUAACAGGCCUGGAACUCUAUCAGAAAGGAAAGUACCAAGAAGCACUUUCCUACCUGGUAUAUGCCUACCAGAGCAAUGCUGCUCUGCUGAUGAAGGGUCCCCGGCGGGGGGUGAAGGAGUCAGUGAUUGCUUUAUACCGGAGAAAAUGCCUACUGGAGCUGAAUGCUAAAGCAGCCUCUCUCUUUGAAACAAAUGAUGACCACUCUGUAACAGAGGGCAUUAAUGUGAUGAAUGAGUUGAUCAUUCCCUGCAUUCACCUUAUCAUUAAUAAUGACAUUUCCAAGGAUGACCUGGAUGCCAUUGAAAUCAUGAGACACCAUUGGUUCUCUUACUUUGAGCAAGAUAUUGCAGAAAAUCUAAAGCUGUGCGUUGGGGAGUUUCUACCCAGACUUCUAGAUCCUUCUGCAGAAAUCAUUGUCUUGAAGGAGCCUCCAACUAUUCGACCCAAUUCUCCCUAUGACCUUUGUAGCCGAUUUGCAGCUGUCAUGGAGUCCAUCCAGGGGGUUUCAACUGUGACUGUGAAAUAAGCCCCACAUGCUGAAGGCCCAUUCUGGUCUUUGGUUGCCUGUCGGUUGCACAGAAGUCUGUUGUCACAGUGUUUACCUUGGGAAAGGGAUUAGGUGGAAAAGUAAGAUUCAGAGCCAGCCCCCAACUAUGUCAUGUGUGUAAAGAAGGAUUAAAAAUAAAAUUGCACUUUUUUGGUACAGAAUCAUGAAUCAGUUUUCACUGAAAAGGCAAGAACCAAUGUAUUGGAUAUUGAAUUAUGCCAGAAAACCUGCAAUGCCUUGUGUACCUACCAGAUUGCUUGGGCUUUUCUAAGCCUCUUACCACUUUUUAAAAUUAUCCUUCAGGCAUAAAUAUUUUUGACAGCAGAAUUGAAGGGUGAUUCAUCAGAACCUGAACCAGACGAACAGCUACUAGUUAUUUUAUCAAGUACAAAUGACAUUUAAAAAUUGUUAACAGCAAGAGAUGAGAAAUAAAAUCUAGCCUAGCCUGGCUCUUGAUGAGAUGACAAAAUGGGUUGCUGAUGAACCACCACCUUUUUACAUGUGGGUAGAAUAGAAGGUCAUGUGGCAGUGAGAUGCUGGAAAUUCAAAAGAAAACUGCCUCUCCUUUCUUUCUUCUCUCUUUUAUUUUCUAUUUUAAAAUAAACCAGAAAACCUCUCACUCAGUUCUGAGUGAAAGAAAGGAAAGUAUUAAGGACUUUAGACAAAAUGACAUUAUGAAACCUGCCUAAAGCUAACAUUUUGAUAGUUGUUACCCAUUUAGGUAAAAUUUUCUAGCAGCUAAAAAUUGUCAAUAACAGAUGACUAAGGCAGCUGCUGGCCCAAAAGUACAUUUUGAUGCUAUUCCCCUUUUUUGCUCUGAAAAAAUAAGGGAUGUGGGUUUGUAAAAAGAAAAAAAAUCUUUAUAUAUAUGUAUAUGUAGAGAGAGAUAUUCCCCAUUGAGCAUUUUUAAAAGACUUCAGAUUGGGUAUUGUGUUUUAGCUAAAUUUUCAGAUUACUGAGGGUCUGGUGGGAGGGAAGAAUACUUGAUACAACUAUGCAGAUUUUAUAAAUGUGCAAUAAAAGUAUUUGUUUUACCUUUGGUGUGC